UCGAAGCGAGGCGGGCCGGGUUCUGUGGGCUGCCUGGUGGGAUGGCGGACGAGGAAGAGGACCCUACUGUGAGUGAGCACCUCUGUUCCAACCCGCUCUUUUCUUCAGUCCCUCGGUUUGAGGAAGAAAAUGAAGAAAUUGGAGGAGGGGCAGAAGGUGGACAGGGUAAAAGAAAGAGACUUUUUUCUAAAGAGUUACGAUGUAUGAUGUAUGGGUUUGGGGAUGACCAGAAUCCUUAUACUGAGUCAGUGGAUAUUCUCGAAGACCUUGUCAUAGAGUUCAUCACUGAAAUGACUCACAAAGCAAUGUCAAUUGGAAGACAAGGGCGAGUGCAAGUUGAAGAUAUUGUUUUCUUGAUUCGAAAGGACCCAAGGAAGUUUGCUAGGGUUAAAGACUUGCUUACUAUGAAUGAAGAAUUGAAACGAGCUAGAAAAGCAUUUGAUGAAGCAAACUACGGCUCUUGACACGGCUCUUGAAGCUUUCAGAAGCUUCAUUAUCUUCUGGGGAAACCAUAUGCUGUAUGUAUAUUUUCUAUAAUAAGGUCCUGCUAUCUAGCCAUAUAAGUGAAAGAUGGAGAAAACACCAAGUUUCUCACCUUUAUCUUCCUGUCUUCGAUUUUAGAAUGCUAUUUGAGCCUUUAAUUGCCUGCUAUUAUAUUACCAUUCCUGAAUUACUUACUGGGUUUUAAUGACCACAUGUAAGUUGAAGGACCUUGCAAACUAUGUACUACCUUCUGACUUGUGACUGUCUAAAUGAUGAAGUAUUAUUUGUGUAUCAGGUGUAUUUGUGCCAUUGUAGGCUAUACUAUAGCUGUUUAAUAUGUGAAAUCUAAAUGGCACCUUUGACUUUAUGGUAGCUAAGACAGGUGUUUCAUUUACUCUGAAGUUUUUAAACUACAGUAGUCUCAGAGGUUAUAAAAGAUAGUAAACUGGUUUGUGUUUCUUUUAAGGAAAAGAUAUAAGAGAAUACAGUCUUGUAGGAGUGUUUAUCUGUCUUAAGGUAAUUUGUUUUAAUAUGCUGUUCUUUAGAGAAAGAGUGAUUUUGGCAGGGGAGAAACUAAAAAUUUCAUGUGAAUGCUUGUGUGUGGGAAGGAAGGCUUUAAUUUAAAACCUUUUGGGUUUAAAAUAUACUGUUUGUCAAGUUUUAAGAGAACUCAUUUCCCCAAGUUAGAUUACAGCUUC